UCCGAUGUUUCAUUCCCCCCGAGUUGAAAAUGGAGUUCGAUUAAAGCAGAUGUCCACCAACUUCGCAAGGAAAUUUCAAUUCUAGAUGCUUUUACUUUACGCGUCAGCACUUAUAUUGAAAACGGUUGAACCCGGUUUCGGCUUUGGAUGCCUUUACUGCAAAUAACUCGGACACGUUGACGGAGCGACGCUCCACAGCGCUUUUUCAAGUGUUGUCCUGGACCUGAAGUUGGCGAAUGGAUGCUCGACAGCCAGCCAUAAAUAACCUGCCAAACAUUAUAGUCUGCAACAAUUUCUACAUUUUCUGAGGAUCUAUUCACGUUUUGCAAACGGGGGAUCUGUGUUUGUUGAAGAGGAUGGUGCCGAUGGCCCAUUUGUUGUGGUCGGAUUUUACUUCCAGGGAGGAUAAAAUGAAUCAACGAUUGUCAAUCCUCCUCGCGAUUUAACGUUAGUUCCAGCCAGCAAAGCUAACGUUAAGCUAGCUUCAUUUGGUUCUCACAGGGACGCUUAGUCUGGCAUGCCCCAUCGUGCAUCGUUUAUUUACCAUCCAAAAUAGGGGUGAUUUCUAUAUGUGAAGGAAAAUGGUGAUAUUUGUGGCAUUUUAUCCCGCCGUGACUGCGUCGUCGAUGCUAUUGCUAGGAUUUGGAUCCCCGUGAGGAAAAAAAUGAGUGAAGAUUCAACAAAUCCAAACAACGAUGACAGUUAUGCACGUGUGAGAGCAGUGGUCAUGACUCGGGAUGACUCCAGCGGUGGGUGGCUUCCCCUGGGGGGCGGAGGCCUUAGUUGUGUCACUGUCUAUAAGGUCAGCCGGGCGGAGGACAGCAGCAGCACCCACAGUGGAGGCAGCGGAGGAAGCAGCAGCAACCUCAGCCCCUGUAGCCCCAGUCCCAGCCCCAGCCCUAGCCCUAGUCCCAGCCCCACCGCUGUGGAAUUCCACAUCAAGGGCGAGAGGCUCAAGGACAAAUUGGUGGUGCUGGAGUGUGUCCUGCAGAAAGACCUAAUAUACAACAAGGUCAACCCCAUCUUCCACCACUGGAGGAUCAACGACAAAAAGUUUGGACUGACUUUCCAGAGCCCCGCCGACGCCCGUGCCUUUGACCGGGGCAUACGUCGGGCCAUCGAGGAUAUCAACCAAGGUUGUCGGUCGAUUGGGGAAGGGGAUAUUCCCGAGGAUGGACCUCCGGUGUGUGAUGAGCUUCCCUCUAUCUGUACGCCAAUGAAAGAGCCCUUCUCCCCGCUGAACAACGUCGUGUCCACCGAGCCAUUCAGGGGCUGCUACGUCCGCGCCCAACCCUUCGACGAGUUCCCCUCCAGCAACCGCCGCUACCUGCCUCCACAGGUCUCCUUUAAGUCAACUCGUCAUGUCAGUUUUCACAUGGACGAGGAGGAGAUUGUUCGCAUCAACCCACGCAAAGACGUGCUCAUCCGCGGCUAUGAGGACUACCGCCACCCUGUCAUGUGGAAACAGGAGGCCGACCGCGAUGACCUGGACUUCCCCACUGCCUUUCACAAACUGGACAGUAAGAAGUGCGAGUACCUUUUCCCUGAUGGCCCCGGUGGGGACUCCCUCUCUGGCCCCGGUAUGGGCAUUGGAACAGGUAUGGGGCUGGGCAAGGACACAGCAAUCAAGACUCAGCCCUCGCCCUUGCUCAAGUCGAAGAAGGGCCGACGGCGGCGAGAGGAUGGCGAGCGCUCUCGCUGCAUCUACUGUCGGGAGAUGUUCAACCACGAAGACAACUGGCGGGGGCAGUGCCAAGACGCCCCCGACCCGAUCAAGCAGUGCAUCUAUAAAGUCAGCUGCAUGCUGUGCGCUGAGAGCAUGCUGUACCACUGCAUGUCCGACUCUGAGGGUGACUUCUCAGACCCCUGCUCAUGUGACACAUCUGACGAGCAGUUCUGCCUGCGUUGGCUGGCCCUGGUGGCGCUCUCCUUCAUAGCGCCCUGCAUGUGCUGCUACCUGCCUCUGCGCGCCUGCCACCACUGUGGCGAGGCCUGCCGCUGCUGUGGGGGCAAGCAUAAAGCUGCAGGGUGACCCGACAGACUCUGGGACACCCUCAAAGCUAGCUAACACAGGAAGUGGAUAAAAGCGGAAAAUUAAAAGCCGGCAUCCUUUUUUCAUUCCCUCUCAGACGGGGUGAUAUGUUGUUGAUCCCCAGCUCUGAGGGCUUUUGGAGAUUUCAGUUUGUGUUUGUCGCCGACAAGCAGCAGUGGAGGACAAACCAUGUGCUUUGUGGGGGCUCUGAGCAUCAAGCUAAGUUCAGGAGCUUAAUCUGAGGAGAAGAGGAGGAGGAUGGAUCAAGAUUAAUAGACUUGGAGAUGUUACUAAAAACACCUGUAAACACACACAUACACACACACCUACACGCCUCUCUCUCACAUUCACACUCAUGCAUUGACAAAGCCAGGCCACAACUGUCGGAACUCUGCUACAAGUAAUGUGUAACUUUAUGAAGGAAAAUUGUCUUUUGUACAGAGAGCGACGACUUAAUGAAAAAAAAAGAAAACAAAACUACUCUGCGGUCCGAAAAAAUACUUGUUGUUUGAGUAUGCUAAAAGGGAUACUUUAUUGCUUUUUUUGUGAAUUUGCAGUUGGGUAACAGUGGCCUUUCCUUCAUGGCUUAAGCAUUUGCUGACAAUGUAAUUACUAGACAGAGAAAAGUGCACUAGAAAUGCCCCCCCCCCCCCCCUUCCCCGAGUAAAGGUAAUCCUCUCAAAUUCUUGUGGUACAUUAACUACCAUAUUUAGUGUAAUUUUAAUAUUUGAGAGAUGUUGCUGUGAUGGAUGUAUGGCCAAUUCCUUGUUUUCCUUUCCAUCGAAUGUUGAAGAAAAAAAUCAAAAAGUAAUGGCUUUUUUUUUUUUUUAAGGUACAGCUUGGUAUAGCUUUUGACAUUCAUUUAGAAGUUAAAAUGAUUUAAAAUGAUUACCUUGCUUUCCCGGGGUGAUUUAGACCAUUUGAUUGCAUUCCAAAAUAAAGGGAUCGAUUCCAUGAUUAGAAGGGAAAAAAUGGUAAUGACUUUACCAUGCAGUUCCCCAAAUAGCCCCCCCACCCCCUCAUGAAAAUAGCAUUAGAACCUCUUGAACCAUUUAAAUUGAAACCAAUACAUGACAAUUUGAUUUACUCCAGUGAAUUUCAGUUGUAGUCCAGUUAUUUACUGCUGUAGUGAAAUUGUUGGGUGUUUUUGUUUUUUCACUGUUAUCUUUUCCUGCUCAUUUUAUAAUUAUUUUUGAAACAAAGGCUGAAAUGUUGCUCAACCAGCAAGUUUUGUUUUGGUGAGUAAAGGGGUUACAGUGCUCCUUGGCUAAAUGAUGAGGCACUUAAAUUAGGUUGUUUUACUGAGAAUCCCUCAGAUUGUGAAAUUAGUCUGUACAUACAUUUGACUAAUUUAACAUCCAUUUUGGCACAGGGGAAACCCCUCCAGAAAGCACUGCUCUCCAAGCUUUGGUUGCAGCACCCUCUCCAAAUGUCCAUGUUUGUCCCAUGAAUGAGUUAUUUUAUUUUACUUUUAUUUUCCCCUCUUAUCCUGUCUUAAUAUAGUAUUUUGUUGUUCCUCAAAAGCCCACUCCUUCUGUGUUUCUUCAUUUAACAGGCCCUGAAUGAAUGAAUGCAUUGUUUCAGGAAUGCUGAGUAUCUUAGCUAUUACAAAACAUACAGGUGUGUGUGUGUGUGUGUGUGUGUGUGUGUAUAUGUGUAUAUAUAUAUAUAUAUAUAUAUAUAUAUAUAUAUGUGUGUGUGUGUUUAUGUGUUGACGUCAUGUAACGUCACCAUUGAAUAUGUAAUUAAGGCUUUGACUUAUGACAGUACAAACAAGCGUCCUGUUUUCCAAAGUAUCUUUGAUAUUUUGGGAAAUUUGCUUUCUUUCCCAAAGUUGGAUAAGAAGAUCAAUACCAGUGUGUUCAAUGUUAAGAUGGAGCUUGAAGCCACUUAGCUUAGCAUAGCAUAAAAACUGGAAAAGAGGGGGAAACGGCUAGCCUUGCUCCGUCUGUUUGUGACCAAAUUUGCCUACCAACACCUCAAAAGUUCUCUAAAUAACAUAUAUGUCAUUUGUUCAUAUAACAUUUGUUUUGUUCAGAUUAAACAAACAAGAUAUGAAGUAUUAAUUAGUGAGCUUUAACUGUGCUGGUAGGUGAGUUUGGCAAUCUUUGGACAGAGUCAAACUAGCUGUUUCUUCUUGUUUUUAGCCCCAUUGAUAAGCUAAGCUAACCAGCUGCUGCAGCUUCAAAUGUAACAAAUAGAUUGUAGAGUGGUAUCAAUCUUAUCAUCUAACCCUCAGCUAAAAAGCAAAUAAGUGUAAUUCCCAAAAUGUCAAACUACUCCUUUAACAUACUUUGGGAAACAGGGACUAGGCAGACUGUACGCUAGAGUCUAGCUGUGUUUGAACCCCAUUUUCCCACCUAAGACAAUUUUUAAAUUGAGCGUGUCUUACUCACAAAACCAUAGUUAACUCAAACUAGUCUAAACAACAACACUUAG